AAUAAGGUUAAGUAACUUGCUCAAGAUCUCAUAACUUGCAAGUGGUGGAUCACAGAUUUGAACCCAAGCCCACUUGCUUAACCUCUGUGCCCUACUGCCUUCUUGUCGUAUGGUGAAACAUCUACACAGGCCCAGCGCAUCAUGGGUCCUCAACAGAGGCAAGGCCCCUUCCUCUUAGUGAACUCUGGAUUGGCUGGAAUGGAAUGGACAGACUGCGGGUUUCUCAUGGACUCCUCCAGGGUAGACACACGGGUGGUACCCAGGGAAGAACCACGGGGUCUGAUUCACCAGAGAACCCAUUUCCAUCCGUUCAACAGGCUCCCCAGCCUGUAACGCAAAUGAGGAAAUCUUCCUAAGCAGGAAUAAACAGCAGAGGUUCCCUUGUCCUGUUUUUCACUUCAUGUUUUGGAUGCUGCUGGCCGGGUGAGCAGAGAUCCCAGGCUCUGGCCCAGGGCAGCUGUCCUGCCUCCAAGUGCUGCCAUGAUCCGCUUCCAGACCAUCCUGACUUGGGUCAGGACCCUGCUCUCCUGCCAGCUGCCCAGCCAGGUACACGCCCUCCUGGACAACCUGCUGGAAGCAGAGCUCCUCUCCAGGGAGUACCACCACGCCCUGCUCCACGAGCCAGAUGGUGAGGCUCUGGCCAGGAAGAUCUCCUUGACCCUGCUGGAGAAAGGUGACCCGGACUUGGCCUUCCUAGAGUGGACCUGGCGUGGGCUGCAGGCUCCAGCGGCCGAGAGGGUCCCCAGCCACAGGGGCCAUGGCGGCAGUGGGCAGUGUGCCGCCAUGGAGUUGGGACCUCUCCAAGGUGGGUACCUGGAGCUUCUCAACAGCAACGCUGACCCCUUGCAGCUCUACCACAUCUAUGACCAGAAGGAUCUGGCUGGAGAAGAAGAGAUUGAUCUCUGUUCAGAGCCCGACACGGAUACCAUCAACUGUGACCAGUUCAGCAGGCUGUUGCGGGAGAUGGAAGGUGAUGAAGAGACCAGGGAGGCUUAUGCCAAUAUUGCGGAACUGGACCAGUACGUGUUUCAGGACUCCCAGCUGGAGGGCCCAACCAAAGACAUUUUCAUAGAGCACAUGGGAUCAGAAGAAGUGGGCAGUGACAGCGUGGAAGCACCGGCGGAAGCAGGGCAGAAAAGUCACAAAAGACCUUUCCCAGAGGAGCUGCCUGUGGACCCGAAGCACAGGAAGAUAGCUGAGUCCACCUCUAGACCCACAGUGAUUGGCAGCUUCCUGGUGGGGCUGGGGAGCGACUCCUCGGCCUUGUCCUGCCUGCGGUUGCCUCUUAUGCUCAACCAGGAGCCAGCACCCGACCCGACCUGGCUGGAAGAGACUGUCCAGAUGCCUGUGCCCCCUUCCAGGCCCUUGUUCAGCUGCCUGAAUCUCCCUGCUGGACCCAUCCAGAUCAUCCCCACCAUCCCGACUCUGCCCCAGGGGCUCUGUCAGAUCUCAGGGGCUGGGGCUGGGGUCUCCAGCAUACUCAUCUACCACGGCGAGUUGCCCCAGGCCAGCCAAGCGCCCCCUUCCAGCAACCCAGCUGUCCACAGCCUCCCGAAGUCCCCCGAUCGGCCUGGCUCCACCAGCCCCUUUGCCCCAUCUGCCGCCGACCUGCCUGGCAUGCCCGAACCAGCCCUGACCUCCCGCACAAACAGGACAGAGGACAAACUGUUCCCCACCCAAUGCCCAGCAGAUCUUGAGGUCUCCGGCAAGAUUCCAAAACGGUCCGAGGCGGUGGAGCGCUUCUGCCACUUGCUGCGGGACCGGUACCUGUCUGAGCCCGCAGGCCUGGAUGGCAUCCUGGUGGAGGUGGAGCUGGUGCGGGCGCGGCUAGAGAGGAGCAGCAACAAGGGCCAAGAGAGGGAGCUGGCCACCCAGGACUGGUCAGAGCGGCAGCGGGCCCGCGAGGGUCUGGCGGAGGUGCUAUUGGCUGCUGGUGACCACCGACGGCGGCGUGAGACACAGGUGAUUGCCGUGCUGGGGAAGGCAGGGCAGGGUAAGAGCUGCUGGGCCCGGGCUGUGAGCCGGGCCUGGGCCCGUGGCCAACUGCCACAGUACGACUUCGUCUUCUACCUGCCCUGCCCCUGUUUGGACCAUCCGGGGGACACCUACCGCCUGCAGGAUCUGCUCUUCUCCCUGGGCCCACAGCCAUCACCUACGGACGAGGAGGUCUUCCGUCACAUUUUGAGGUGGCCCGACCGUGUGCUGCUCAUCCUGGAUGCCUUUGAGGAACUUGAAGCCCAAGACAGCUUCCUGCACAGUGCAUGUGGCCCCCCGCCCACAGAACCCCGCUCCCUUCGGGGGCUGCUGGCCGGCCUCUUCCAGCGCAAGCUGCUCCGGGGCUGCACGCUGCUGCUCACCGCCCGGCCCCGGGGCCGCCUUGCCCAGAGCCUGGCCAAGGCCGACAGCCUGUUUGAGAUGGCCGGCUUCUCCGCUGAACAGGCUGAGGCCUACGUGAUGGGCUACUUUGAACGUUCAGCUGAGCACCAAGAAAGGGCCCUGAAGCUCAUCCGUGGCCAGUCGUUCCUCUUCAGCCACAGCCACAGCCCCACACUGUGCCAGGCAGUGUGCCGGCUCUGUGAGGCCCUGGUGGGGCUGGACGAGAGGGCCCAGCUGCCCUCCACGCUCACAGAGGUCUUUGUUAGUCUGCUAAGCCCGGCUGCCCGGGAUGGACCCCCAGGGGCCCUGAUGAAGCUGGCCAAGCUAGCCUGGGAGCUGGGCCGAGGGCACCGCAGCACCCUGGAGGAGGCCCAGCUCCCGUCGGCAGAGGUCAAGGCCUGGGCCAUGGUGAAAGGCCUGGUUCAAGCCUGCCCGGGGGCUCCGGGGGCCGAGCUGGCCUUCUCCAGCUUCCUGCUGCAGUGCUUCCUGGGAGCCGUGUGGCUGGCGCUGAGCAGCGAAAUCAAGGACAAGGAGCUGCCACAGUAUUUGGCAUUGACCCCACGCAAGAAACGGCCUUAUGACAACUGGCUGGAGGGCGUGCCAUGCUUCCUGGCUGGGCUGAUCUUCCAGCCGUACUCCCACUGCCUGGGAGCCCUGGCUGGGCCGGCAGCAGCCACGCAGGUAGACAGGAAGCAGAAGGUGCUCAUGAGGUACCUGAAGCGGCUACAGCCUGGGACAUUGCCGGCCGGGCGGCUGCUGGAGCUGCUGCACUGCGUCCACGAGGCAAGGGAUGCUGGGCUCUGGCAGCACGUGGUGUGUGGGCUCCCAGCCCACCUCUCCUUCCUGGGCACCCGGCUCACACCCUCUGACACCCACAUGCUGGGCAGGGCCUUGGAGGCGGCUGGCCAUGACUUCUCCCUGGACCUCCGCAGUACUGGCAUUGACCCCCCUGGACUGCAGAGCCUCGUGGGACUCAGCUGUGUCUCCCGUUUCAGGGCUGGCCUGAGUGACACGGUGGGGCUGUGGGAGUCCCUGCAGCAGCGUGGGGAGGCCAAGCUACUCCAGGCAGCAGAGGAGAAGUUCACCAUCGAGCCUUUCAAGGCUAUGUCCCUGAAGGACGUGGAAGACCUGGGCAACCUCGUGCGGAUCCAGAGGACAAGGAGUCCCACAGAAGAUGCUGCUGGGGAACUUCCUGCUGUCCGGGACCUAAAGAAGCUGGAGUUUGCGCUGGGCCCUGUCUCAGGCCCUCAGGCUUUCCCCAAACUGGUGAUGAUCCUCACAGCCUUUUCUUCCCUCCAGCACCUGGACCUGGACUCACUGAGUGAGAACAAGAUUGGGGACAAAGGUGUGGCACAGCUCUCCACCACCUUCCCUCAGCUCAAGGCUCUGGAAACGCUCAACCUUUCCCAGAACAACAUCACUGACGUGGGUGCCUGCAAGCUUGCUGAAGCCCUGCCCUCACUGGCUGCAUCCCUCCUCAGGCUGAGCCUGUACAAUAACUGCAUCUGCGAUGUGGGAGCCAAGAGCCUGGCCCACGUGCUUCCUGACAUGGUGUCCCUCCGGGUGCUGGAUGUCCAGUACAACAAGUUCACGGCUGCUGGGGCCCAGCAGCUCACUGCCAGCCUGAAGAAGUGCCCUCAUGUGGAGACGUUGGCGAUGUGGACACCCACCAUCCCAUUUGGUGUCCAGGAGCACCUGCAGCAGCUGGACUCACGGAUCAGCCUUCGGUGACCUCAGCUGAGCCUCGGACAAGCAUGUUCCGAGGUCACUGACCACUCUGCACCUUGGACUGAUUGGCUGUGGACACAGCUCUCCUCCGGCAUCUCCCACACGCCUUGGUGUCCUGGCGUCCAGGCUCAGGGCUGACCCCAGCCCCACUGCUGAGUGAGCCAUGUCCUGCUCUGCUGACAGGCCCUAGCCGGCUCCAGGCUCCUUUUGGGCCUAGACUGAUGCCAGGCUUACCACUGAGGCUGCCUGCUCAGCAGCUGUGCGGCCAGGCCAGAGAGAGGGCCCAAGGCAACAAACUCUUGCCUCCCCAGGCCGGUGCCCGCUGGGGAGGAAGCAUCUCUCCAAGCAGACACCCUGACAGGGUGUGCCUGGAGCUCUGGAAGCAGCAGAGGGCAGCCUAGCCUGCCAGUUCCCUGAGCCCUGACAUGAUGCGCCGGGAUCCACGGCAGCUGGUUUCUGUCGGUGGGACUCAGUUUUGCACUUUGUUUGCCAGAGGCCAAAGCCAGGCCUGGCCAGCCGCACUUGGCCUUGGCAGGAAACAGCUAAUGAUACACUAAUGGGGGCGAGGAGGAGACUGGUACCAUAUCUGCCUUUUUGCCUUUGUAUCCCGUCUUUUUUCACUACAUUAUAAAAGUUUCAUUUAAUCCCACAGGCAGGUCCAUGUUUGAGUUUAUUCCAUGAUCAGCAUUUUGGGGCCCACCAUUCCAGUUGUCUAAUGUAUAAAAAACCACCACAGAAUACAGUGGCUUAAAACCACUUCUCACACAUCUGAAAUCUGGGCAGGGCUUGGUGGGGAUAGCUCAUCUCUGUCCCCCCUAGAGGCAGCUGGGGCAGCUGGAAGGCUAGAGCUGGGGUCACCCGAAGGCUUGGUCCCUGGCAUCAUGUCUGGCACUCAGUGCUGGCUGUUGGCUGGGGCCUUAGUUCCCCUAAGGAGCUGCCACCUGGGGUCCUCUCCAUGUGGUCUCUCCAUGCGUGGUAGCUUAGGCUUCCUCAUGGCAUUGUGGUUGAGUUGAAGG